ACACAGUUGACUGUUCCAAAAAAAGCGAGUGGAAGAAGAGAACCUGAUCUUGUAUUCUCUGCUUAGCUUCACUGCCACACAAACUCAAAGCUGUUUCCCUCUUCGUCUUCCUCCAUAUGCAUUGCUCUUAAAAAAACAUGUUCCUCUAUCUAUUCACCAUGGUCGUCGUUCACAACGCCGGCUUCAGUUCUCCGCUUCAUAACAGAACCAAUCCUAUUGUAAGAUUGUCAACUCAAGCUACACCGUUAAAGCCUUGUCCUUUCACGUUCCACAUCUCUCUAAACAGUUCAACAAGUUUGUCAUUUUCAGGCAAAACAAGACUGGUUUUGUCUCGUUCAGAGACAAAUGACAAUUCCAUCACAACAACAUCGGUCGAUGAUCCUCCAAGUGAACCAGUUGAACCAAGCAACAACGGUUCUGCAAAAAGAGCACCGUUGACAGCAAGAGAAAGACUCAGCCGAUACACCGAAGCAACACCUAAACCAUCAAAACCCAAAAUGGGGAGCCAAAUCUUGGAGGUGCUCAAAGAAAGUGACAAGAAAUCGAAUAGGAAGCCGGGUCUACCCGAAGCACCAACCAACAUGCUUGAUGAUAGCAAGAGAGGUAUGCCAAAGAAAGGGCUUACAUUUGAUCUACCCAGAAGUGCGGAUAUACUAGUCAUUGCUUUUUCAUUUGUGUUCAUAAGUACAGUGAUGUUUGCUACUACUUUUGUUGUCUGGAAACUCAGUGCCAUUCACUUCAAUGAAAACUAAAGAUCCAUCAAACAGUGAGUGAGAGCUGUAGUUGAAAUGCAUACUGUGUAGUAAUAGUACACAUAGUUUUGGUGUUACAACAUCUUGUCAUGCUUUAUUUUCAGUUUUAACCAUUACAUUAUGAUGUCUUUUAUUAAAAGAGCUAUGGAAGUAGAUUGAUUA